AUGCUCCAUACAAGUAGCUCCAAAAAUGCCAAACACAAGCAUUAUGUUAGUUACGACCUGAUGGAUGAGAAUACGGCCGACCCUACGUACCUAGAGUACAAUACCCUGAGAAAGGCGCAUAUUCAAUACAAGCUCAUCGAUCACCAGGCUCAGCUCACGAAGUGCUUCAUAGCCAUUGGGAAAGUUGCGCUUGAAGAGCUCAAAGGAGUAAGGAUUGAUCUUGACAGUAUAACCGACGCGGUUGAGUAUCGCAUCAACAAUCUUGAAGUGGAGAUCGCGGAGCACGAGGUGGAAGUCGAAUAUAAUGAGAAAUUGGUUAACGAAGCCGAGUAG